GAAGACGCUGGUGGACAGGGCCCGAUUAAUGGUGGCGGAGGAGGAGUUGGAGUUGGUCAAGGCUGUCGAGGAGACGAAGAGAGUACUAGCGGAGAAGGAAUCGGAGCUGAUCAAGGCUCGGGCGGAGAACAAAGUGGAGUUGGUCACGGCUCAUGCAGACGCACGCGUGCUUCGGGUAGAAGCUCGGGCGAUCAAGGCAGAGCUUGAAAACGCCACUUUUCGACUCAAGGCGAAAAAUUUAGAAGUAUUGCGGUUGUUGGGACACAGUGUGAACCUCCGCCGCGCCAUUGAGUCUUUCCAGGAAGAAGAGGUUCUGCCUCGUCUAUGCCUGAAGCCCAGGGGCAGGGUGACGGUAGGAAUGUGGGAGAGGUUCAUGCAGGCAAAGCCAGACAUCCGGAGGCGUGUGGAGCGGCAGACACCUUGGCGAAAGAGCAAGAUUGCGGCAGAGAUGGGUCACAUUUAUACGACUCUGUCUGGGCGCAUCCACUCUUCGCAUCAGAUUGGCGACGCUGCCGUGGUGAUUGGGACGGAUGUACUCACGACGGAAGAGUGUCUCGGUGUGGGAGCCCUCCUGUAUGACUUUGUGCCCAUCGAGUUCCACCCGCCAGAGCUCAUGGAGAAGUUUGAGAGAAAUGAGGAGGAAGGUACGGCUGAGGACGUUCAGGACAAGGCAGGAAAGGGAGAAGGGGAAAGACAGUAG